AUGUUGAUCCCUCAAAGCCGGCCGCGUCUGUGCAAACAGCAUGGGUUCUACAUUCCGAAGCUUUUACGUCGUCUCAAUGACUUUGAGAUGGCCAAGCUUCAAGGACUGCCUUCGGCUGUGACAAAUGCCCUGAUGGCUGCGGCCCAGGAUUUGCCAGCAGGCUCCUUUGGAGCAGCCGUCGGUGAUGCUAUGAGCAUCAAUGUGUUGCAGACCAUGCUGAGGCACCUCUGCGAUGCUGCAGGCCAUGCCAGCCAUGCCAGCGCCUGGGAUGAUGCCACAGGAUUAAGAAGGGGGCAUGGGGCGGAGGAGCUGGAAAAAGCCGGUGCACCUGCCGCAGCGCCUGCGGCGGCUGCAAGCGAGGCGCCUGCCGCAGAAGAUGAAGCGCCGAAGGAAGAGGUUAAGAAAGAAGAGAAGAAGAAAGAAGUCGUCUCGGUGAAGCUAGUGAGUUUCGAGGCCGCGAAAAAGAUCAAUGUCGUCAAAGAGGUACGAGCUAUUACUCAAAUUGGAUUGAAGGAAGCCAAGGAGCUGGUUGAAAGCGCACCCAAAGUGGUGAAGAAAGGGGUUCCCUUUGCAGACGCUGAGGCCAUGCGCGACAAGCUGACGGCCGCAGGGGCUGAGGACUAA